UCUCUGCUGGUGUAUAUUCAUGGAGGAUACUGGCAGUUCCUCAGUAAGGAGGAGUCGGGAUUUGCGGCGCCCCCGCUGGUGUCUCAUGGUAUUGCAGUGAUGGCGAUGGAUUACGAUAUCGCUCCUGGAGGUGACAUGGACCUCAUGGUGUCGCAGGUCAGACGCAGCAUCGUCGCCGUUCUUCAACGCUUCCCGCAGAUCACAUCCAUCUACCUGUGUGGACAUUCUGCCGGGGCCCACCUGGCAGCCAUGACGCUGAGCACAGACUGGUCACAGUUUCUCCCUCCAUCUGUCCCCCCAGGGGCCCUCCUGGUCAGCGGAGUGUAUGACCUGCUCCCCAUCACCCACACCUACGUCAAUGACGCCAUAAAGAUGUCCCAGGAGGUGGCAAUAAGGAAUAGCCCCAUACAACUUACAGCACUGCUGAAAAACCAUGCAAACAACUGCCAGAUGACCAUUGCAGUGGCUGAGCAUGAUUCUCCGGAGUUCCACAGACAAUCGCUGGAAUAUUUCCAGGUAACUCUCUGUAUAAAGCACAUCCUCUGGGACAUGUGGGGAAUGGGCAGUAAAAUCCAUUCCCACCUUCAGGGGGCGCAUUCCGUUCCCAGAGAGCUGUGCACUAAUGAGGGCUCAGCUGCCCCACCCCCGAGGAUGCAGCACAGCUCAGUGUACAGUGCUGUCCACUAG